AUGGAUAGUGCCGGGAAACGUGAAACUCGUCCACCCGAUCGACUGCUCGACGCUCUAUUGAACUCUAACAAGAUCAAAACAGUUCCCGUAACCAUGACCACUACGGUCACUACUUCGAACCCACCUACGAUAACCACGACAGCUCCGUCAAUGCCUGGUAACCCUUCAGCCAAUCAUCAACCCAAAACCACAUCCUUAGAAAAACCUGGAUCGGAUCCGGGUGUUCAGGCGAUGCUCAGGCAGGUGAUGACCGACCUUGCCAAAAACCAUGCCCAGACUACAGCAAAAGUUGAGAAACUACAUCUAGGAACCGAAGAAAAAUUUACUCAGUGUCUUAAUCAAUACCACCUAACAGAUACUCGACUGGCAAAAUUAGAAGACGACAACGUAGAACUCACAGCUCAAGGUCUCCAACAAGCCACUACCAACAGUAAUGUGUCCGGUCGACUUACAACACUCGAAGACGAUAUUGUACACAUGAGAAAUGACGUAUCCCGGCUAGUUGAUCAAUAUCGAGUAUCUAACAAUCCGGAUUUAUCACAUAUUUUGAAACCGACACCUCUGUCAUCCACCUCAGCUGAAAAUUGUUCAGCCAAUUAUAACACAUCAUCGAUACCUCCGGCGUUUCCAUCGGUAAACCAACCAGCUGGUAAUUUGACGAUGUUUGAUUCAGCGCGAUCAUCUUUUCUUGGGCCUCAAGAACGUUUUCAAGAUGCCGUGGCUGAAUUUUCCGGACAAAUUGAAGUUCUUCAUCCAGAAAAGUUUAUCGCCCAAGUUGACGCCUAUUUCGAAAGUGUAUUCGUAUCACCUGCUCAGCAACUCAUAUCUGCUCAACGUCGCUUAGUCGGAGAUGCGCAAGUCUGGUAUGAAUCACUGAUCCCAUCGCCCGAACGUAUGCUGAAUUCCGUCUAUCUUUCCGCCAACAUUUUUGGUCUUCAGCCACCCAACGUAAGGCCCGAAAUGAAGUCUUCCGCCCCUAUCAGUAUACCCGAUACGAUGGUUUAG